AUGGCUCAAAAUCUCAUCCCUUUGGCGGAUCUCAAUCCCCUGCAACGGGCUUUCAACUCGUUCAUCAUGGGACUGCCUCCAAGUGAUCUUCAGGAGCUGCUGGAAUUUGCUCGCCGCAAUGAAGAGAACAUCUUUGCGCAGAACAAUUUCCUCCAGAAGAUUCAUGAUGUGCUUACGGCCAUGAACCCGGCUGUCAACGGCCAUUCUCAGGACGAUAUAGCUCCAAUCGGAAGGGCUCGCACUUCCCGUGCAAAGAGACUCCGCUAUUAUUCCACAAUGUUCUCGGACAUGACUCAGAAGUCGAAAUCUGGCAUUAUCAAAUUUCUUUGGCAGCACGAUCCCUUCAAGGCCAAAUGGGCUAUUCUCGCCAAGUCGUACUCCAUCAUUCGCGACAAACAUGGCAGUGAUGUCUCCCUGGAUACUUUCCUUAACCUGACUGUCCCCUUCAUCGGACUUAUUGAGCCUCCCGACUACCUUGACACUAUGGGCUGGCAGAUUGCUAUGGAUGAUGACCAUCAGUACAAUGUCGUGCGAAACACCUCAGUUGAACCAGACGUCUCAAACACCGCCACCAAUUACUCAGUUGCAGACGUGGUUAAUUACUGCUACGAAACCGACUAUGUGAGGGAUGAUCAUCGUUUCGAAGAAAUUGGAGCAGGUCCUGUCGUGACUUUUGCAGCCCAGCCUAACUUUACUGUCAAUGCGGACGAUUCGGUCGUUGCUCUGGGUGAUGCGGACACCGUCAUCACCGAAGACGAAGCCGAAUCUAUCGACGGCACUCCUGAACUCGAAGAACGUCCUGCCGAGUUGCUCCACGUCCACGACGGUCAUCAUACUCAGGGAGAAUUUUACACUGAAAUUGACGAUGCUAUCGGUGACUUGCGCCAUGAGAAUGAAGAUGACAAAGAGUUAUUCGCGGCCUUCAACCCCGCCAUGCAGAAUGAUCUCCCUCAUUACGAUCCCCUUUCCCAAGAUCCUUUUGAUGCUUUCGAUAUCGAGGAUAUGGAUUUCUAG